GCUCAGAGGGAGGAAGGACCGUAGAGCUGACCGGACAGGACUGCAGUGCUCCUGAGCGUUUCUGGAGCAGAAGCUCUUCCCCCAGACGGAGGGACGGACCGGGCAGCAGGCACCAUGGAGCCCCCCUCGGCCCCUCCCCGAGGAGGACGCGUCCCCUGGCAGGAGCUCCUGCUGGCAGUCUCACUCUUAACCUUCUGGAACCCGCCCACCACUGCCCAAGUCACUGUGGAAUCGGUGCCGCCCAAUGUUGCUGAAGGGAAGAACGUUCUUCUUAGUGUCCACAAUCGGCCUGGGGAUCUUAUAGGCUAUGGCUGGUUCCGAGGGCCAACUGCAGAGCCCAGCCUUCAAAUUGUAUCAUAUGUAGUAAACACACAAAAUAGUACCACAGGGCCUGCAUACAGUGGCAGAGAGACAAUAUACCCCAAUGGAUCCCUGCUGUUCCAGAACAUCACCCUGAACGACACAGGAUACUACACCGUACAAAUCAUAAAGAAAAAUUUACAGGUUGUUCAAGGAAGAGGACAGCUGAGCGUAUUCCCGGAGUUACCCAAACCCAGCAUCACAAGCAACAACUCCGACCCCGUGGAGAAUGUGGAUUCUGUUGUAUUAACGUGUGGACCUCAAACUCAGAGCACAGGCUACCUGUGGUUAGUAAACAAUGGGAGCCUCCCGGCCAGCGCCAAGCUGGAGCUGUCCCUGGACAACAGGACUCUCACUAUACACGGUGUCACAAGGAAUGACACAGGACCCUAUGAGUGUGAAACUCGGAACCCAGUGAGUGUCGGUCGUAGUGACCCAUUCACCCUGAAUGUUCUCUAUGGCCCGGAUGCCCCCACCAUUUCCCCCUCAGACUCCUAUUACCAUCUAGGGGCCAAGCUCAGUCUCUCCUGCCACGCAGCCUCUAACCCGCCCGCACAGUAUUCUUGGUUUAUCAAUGGGAGGCCCCAGUCAUCCACACAGGAGCUCUUUAUCCCCAACAUCACAGCGAAUGAUAGCGGAUCCUAUGCCUGCCUCGCCUAUAACUCUGGCACUCGCCUCAAUAAGACCACAGUCAAGACUAUCACAGUCUCUGAGCCAGUGGCCCAGCCCACUGUGCAUGCCAGCAACACCACAGUCACAGGAAAUAAGGACUCUGUGGUCCUGACCUGCUCCACAAAUAACACUGGAGUCUCUAUCGGGUGGCUCUUCAAUAACGAGAGUCUAAAGCUCACGGAGAGGAUGAAGCUGUCCCAGGACAACAGCACCCUCACCAUAGACCCUGUCAGGAAGGAAGAUGCCGGGACUUACCAGUGUGAGGUCUCCAACCCAGGCAGUUCCAGUAAAAGUGACCCUGUCAGACUGGCUGUGGAAGAUGAUAGAACGCAACCAAAUUCUGGCCUCCCACCUGGGGCUAUUGUGGGCAUUGUGAUUGGAGUCCUGGCUGGGGUUGCUGUGAUAGCAGCCCUGGUGUACUUUCUGUUUAUCAGGAAGACUGGCGGGGCAAGUGACCUGCGUGAUGUCACAGAGCACAAACCCUCAGCCUCCAACCACAGUAAGGACCAUCCUGACAAUUUGUCUAACAAGAUUGAAGAAGUUGCAUAUUCUUCCCUGAACUUCAAUGCCCAGGAAUCAACGAAAUCAACUUCGGCCUCCCCAUCCCCAGCAGCCACAGAAACGGUGUAUACAGAAGUACGAAAGAUGUAACGCAAACUGUCCUGCUCACUGUGCUCUUUCCAAGCUUCUCGUCCCCUUCACUAUGAGAUCCCUUUACCCUCAGGGAAAAGGGGAAGAAGCCUCUUUCCCCACCUCACUCCCUAAUGAGGCGCCUCCGGGCUGCCUGGUCACAGCCCCUCCCUUCAGUGUCAAUAGAUGAAAAGGUACAUCCGGGAUUCUAGGAAACCCAACCCUCCUUGUCAUUGAAAUUUGGCAAAGCAGACCUUGGGAAGUGGCCACAACCUCUGCCCCUCGGCCUUCCCUUGUUUUAAACGUACCUAUUCCUUCCUGCCCCAGUCCUGCCCUACUGGAGUCUAACUUGAAUUUACCAUAACCUUGAGCGUCCUCUCCUGAUCCGCUGAAAUGCACGUGCCAGAAAAGAAAAGAGAGAAGAAGUAAAAGUAAAAACUUCUCUCUCUCCAAAGCCCCGUUGUGAACCCCACCCUGCACAGGAAGACAAAUAGGCUGAAUGGGGAUGCUGAACCAAAUUCCACACCUUUGUCCACUGUCAGAGUUGUCUACCAGGGCCUAAACACCUUGCUGCGUAACUAGAAAGCCACCUAAGCCAUUUGACAAGCCUGUCUUCAGAGAACCCACUAGAAGCAGUUAGGAAAAUUAUUCGCUGAGGUCUACAGGUGAUUCCUAAAGGAAAAUGCAAAAAAAAAAAAAAAAUGCAGGUAUUAUGAAACAUAUUUAUAAUAAUAAUAAUAAUAAACAUAUUAUAAAAUAAAAAAUAUUUUAUUAUUCAAGGAGAUGCCCACAGAAGGAGGGCUUACAGCUUCAGGGAGCAGUCAGCUCUUAGUAGAGAUAAUCAGCUGGGAAUUUGGGAAAGGAGUCAGAGAGCUACCCUUCAGAGAUUAUUUAAAAAAUUGUUAAAGAACGCAGUUUGGUGUAUUAGUUUCUUUCCCUGAGAUAGUCUGACAUUCUAGUUUUUGCAACUGCUUGUUUAUGUGAAAGGGGCUAUAUCUACUUAGCUAGGUAAGACAACCUGACUGCCUUCAGUGGAAGAAGCCACCAAGACCGCACAAUUCCCCUUGGCCAGGAGCUCCUCAAGGUGUUUAUGUCGGGGGCUCCAAAAAAGAAAAGCAGCAGCAGCAGCAGUUUUCCUCCUUCGUGGCUAGGAAUGGGUCUAAUUCAGUUUCCCGGCAUCUCAGUCCGGUCUUCAUCCACCAUUGCUUUCCAUGUCUCUGCUGUGCAUGGUGUCUGCCCCACUCACUUUCUAGGAGACCUGGCCUCUGCCAAGGUUCCACUGGUCCUUGAGAAGUGGGGGUGCCCUGAAGGGAACACACUCACACCCCUGUUGGCAUUGCUUACCCCCUGGAAAGCUGCCCUGGUGCUGACGCUCCUGGGGAACCAGGGCGGUGAGGGGUGUGAGGACAGGGGAGGGUGAUAACUGGGUUGGAGGUGCCUUGAACAGCCUCUGAAAUGUUUUCUCCCACGGGGUCUAUGAGCCCCAGUGUGCAGAAUAGAAAAGAAGGGCAGAAGAAGGAGAGGCAACAUACUUCCCACCCAGCCUCCUCUACACAGUCUCUUUGGGGUUGAGAAAGGGGUUUUAUUCGAUAUUGAUUACUUGAUGUCAUGCUGUGUCUGAGGCCCCUCAAAGAGGGCGAGUUGGGAAUUCUCUAUACUCAGGUACCUCUUUCAAGGGUUUUCUAACCCUGACACAGUCUGUAUAUACUUCCCCUCAUCCAUGCUAUUCUGUGUUAUUUAAUUUUGUCUGGCUAGGGCUACUUCUGAAUUAUUUGUAAAAUCUGCUCUAUAUUUAUAAUAAAAAUUAUAAAGUCAACAUGAA